CAUGGAGUCGUCGACCGCCAUGUGAGAAACCGCUUCCCAGUCGAGAGACACUUUCGGAGAGAACAAGAGGUUGCGUGUGAGAGGAACAGAGCUGGGGCUCCCUUCCUGCUCCGUGCCUUUUCACCACGGUCUUUGUCUGCAUUUCUCUGAGCGACUAUGGCUUCUUCUGCCAUGUCGCCUGUCUUCUCACCCGCGGUGCUGCUUCAGCCUCGCUGGAAGCGGGUGGCGGGCUGGUCAGGGCCCUCCCCGCGACCCCGUCACGGACACCGUGCUGUGGCCAUCAAGGAGCUCAUCGUGGUGUUUGGGGGCGGCAACGAGGGCAUCGUGGACGAGCUGCAUGUGUACAACACGGCCACCAACCAGUGGUUUGUCCCCGCGGUGAAAGGGGACGUGCCCCCCGGCUGCGCCGCCCACGGCUUUGUGUGCGACGGCACCCGCCUGCUGGUGUUCGGCGGCAUGGUGGAGUACGGCAAGUACAGCAACGACCUCUAUGAGCUCCAGGCAAGCCGGUGGGAGUGGAAGAGACUCAAAGCAAAGAUGCCCUCAAAUGGCCCCCCUCCUUGUCCUCGUCUGGGACACAGUUUCUCCCUUGUAGGCAACAAGUGUUACUUAUUUGGGGGUCUGGCUAAUGAUAGCGAGGACCCCAAGAAUAACAUCCCAAGGUACCUCAAUGACUUAUACAUCCUUGAGUUAAGGCCAGGCUCUGGAGUGGUAGCAUGGAACAUCCCCGUGACUUACGGGGUCCUGCCACCCGCCAGGGAGUCACAUACUGCUGUGGCCUACGCAGAGAAAGACAACAAGAAAUCCAAGCUGGUGAUAUAUGGAGGAAUGAGUGGCUGCAGGCUAGGGGAUCUCUGGACCCUAGAUAUUGAGACUCUAACGUGGAAUAAGCCCAGGCUCAACGGAGUCCCACCUCUUCCUCGAAGUCUCCACUCAGCCACAACCAUAAGAAACAAAAUGUAUGUCUUUGGUGGCUGGGUGCCUCUUGUCAUGGAUGACAUCAAAGUGGCCACCCAUGAGAAGGAGUGGAAAUGUACCAACACUUUAGCUUGUCUCAACCUGGAUACCAUGACAUGGGAGACCAUUCUGAUGGACACAGAUACACUGGAGGACAAUAUUCCCCGAGCUCGAGCUGGCCACUGUGCAGUAGCUAUCAAUAGUCGCCUAUACAUCUGGAGUGGGCGUGAUGGCUACCGGAAGGCCUGGAACAACCAGGUCUGCUGCAAGGACCUCUGGUACCUGGAAACAGAAAAGCCAGCACCCCCAUUUCGAGUCCAGCUAGUGCGAGCCAAUACCAACUCCUUGGAGGUGAAUUGGGGGGCUGUGGCAACAGCUGACAGUUACCUUCUUCAGCUCCAGAAAUAUGAAAUUCCUGCCACAGAUGCAACUACCACCGCCUCUGCACCCAGCCCAGCUUCUCCUGUGUCUGCCAGCCUUCCCAAGAGCCCUGGCCCAGUAGUAGCCACACCUGCUACACAGUCUCUUACCCAAGUAGGCCUCACACUCCUGCCCCAAGCUGCUACCAUGGCCCCAACUAGUACCACUACCAUCCAGGCCUUGCCAGCAGUGCCUGGUGAUUCGGUUUCCAUGCCCACUGAAGCUAGGACUCAAAAUGCCCCUAUUGUACUCAAAGCAAUUGGUCCUCAGGCUACAACAGGAUCUUCUUUGAUCACCAUGCGACCUGCUAGCCUGGGUGGGAAAGUCCCUGUCACAGUAACCUCCCUGCCCGCAGGCAUGCGAAUGGCUGUACCAACUACGAGUGCCCAGGGGACUGUGAUGGUCAGUAGCCCACAGAUGAGUGGGAUGGCUGCCCUGGCAGCUGCAGCUGCUGCCACUCAAAAGAUUCCAUCUUCUGUGGUACCCACAGUGUUGAGUGUCCCAACAGGUACCACUAUAUUCAAGACUGUGGCCGUGACACCUAACACUAACUCACUCCCAACCACUAUGAAAGUCGCCUCCUCUCCAGUCACAGUAAGCAACCCAGCCACUCACAUGUUGAAGUCUGCAGCUGCUCAGGUGGGGAAUUCCAUCUCUCUUGCCACCAAUCCAUCCACCUGCCCCAUCAUUACCGUGCACAAAUCAGGGACUGUUAAGGCAAAUCAGCAAGCCCAAGUGGUAACCACAACAGUAGGUAGCAUCACCAAGACCAUCACACUUUUGAAGAGCCCCAUCUCUCUCCCAGGAAGCAGCACUCUGAUUUCUAGCUUGGGCAAAGUAGUAUCAGAGGUCCAGACCAAACCAGUUAAGACCUUGGCAGUCACAGGUCAGCCAUCUACUCAGAUCAUCCAGACCAAAGGGCCCCUGCCAACUGGGACUAUCUUGAAGCUGGUGACCUCAGCAGAAUGCAAGUCCACUACCGUCAUCACUACCACACAAGCCAGUGGUACUAAGCCCACCAUCCUGGGCAUCAGCGGUGUAUCCCCUAGAACCACUAAGCCUAGCACAACCACCACCAUUAUCAAGACCAUCCCCGUGUCAGCCAUCAUCACACAGGCCUGUGCUACAGGUGUCACCAGCAGUCCUGGUAUCAAGUCCCCCAUCACCAUUAUCACCACCAAGGUUAUGACUUCAGGAACUGGAGCACCCACCAAAAUCAUCACUGCUGUCCCCCAAAUUGCUACUAGCCAUGGGCAGCAAGGAGUAACCAAAGUGGUACUAAAGGAGGCCCCUGGACAUCCAGGAAGCAUCCUCUAUACCUUGCCCAUGGGGGGCAUUCGCCUAGUCACCCCUGUCACUAUCUCUGCUGUUAAGCCAGCCAUCACCACACUUGUCAUGAAGAGCACCACAGGUGUGACUCCCUUAGGCAUGGUGACAGGCACCAUUUCCACCAGCCUGGCUGGAACAGGGAACCAAAACACCAGCGCCUCCCUGGCCACACCCAUUACCACCUUGGGCACCAUUGCAACCCUUUCAAGCCAGGUAGUCAACCCCACUGCACUCACAGUUUCAGCUGCCCAGACCACACUAACAGCAGCCCAUGGGCUCACCACUCCCACCACCAGCGUGCAGCCGGUCUCCCAGCCUACCCAAGAGACUCUAAUCACAGGACCCAGCAUCGAGGCCCAACCUGUACACGACCUACCUGUGUUCAUUCUGGCCUCGCCUCCUGCAGAACAGCCCACAGCCACAGUCACCAACUCCAGCCAGAGUGACGUGCAGACAGGCCUGAUGACACUGCUGUGUUCCAACCCACCCUGUGAGACCAAUGAGAUGGGUAGCACCAUGGCCACUGCCUCUGUAAUGGCUCACCUCAGUGGGUGCUCCCAGGUCCCUCAAGUGCAGUUUGUCUGUGACAGACAGGAGGCAACUGCUUCUUCAGUGACCCCAACAAUGGGGCAGCAGAAUAGUAGCAUGGUGCACAUCUGCUCUGAGGAAACUGGCUCCACCAGCACCAGCACCAGCACCAGCACCAUCACCAUGUCCAGUAUUGGCACUGGCCAGUGUGACACCAGGCACAUCUGUGGGGUCUAGAUCAUUGUGGCUUCUGGUGUGCAGAAAGGAACCCUGAGUUCUAGCAAGUACCAGACCUGCCAGACCAGCAAGACCAGCACUGUGUUUGAUGACUCCCAGGGGCCCACACCUCAGACUUAGCCAGGCCCUGGAAACUGGUAGCCAAAACUUUACUUUUGUGUGGUUGGCCCCCAUGUGUGACUGAGUCAGGCCCAGGCAUGACCCAGAAGCAGUCUACUCUACCUUGGGUGUUAGGGAGCUUGGUGAGGCUAAGGGGACUUAAUAUAUUGAGAGCUCACCUAAUGCUGCUGUGAUGGUGACAGCCCUGGAAAAGCUGCUAUGCCCCCUUGUCAACUUGACUUCAGUCUGCUCCAACCUGCCGUGCCAGAUCCACAAGAUAAGUACCAUCCAGACGCCCUCCAGAGCCACCUCCAAUGGGUAUAGGCCAGCCCAAGGGAGGACAUCCCCUGCCAGGUCCUCCUUCAAGACAUGCUGGACCACUUCCAGGGGUAACACCAUGUAGGUCGUGUAGGUGCCUUGCUGCCUGAUCCUGCUCCUUUCCCUGGACUCUGGAGUCCAGCUUGGAGGAGGCAAUACUUGCCACCAUUGCCUCUAUAUCAUCACUUCAUUGCUGACUCUUUUUUCCAACACAGAGGAUGUGCUCCAACAUCUCCAUGUGAAAAUACACAAGAUAAGCAUUCUUCUCACAGCCACCAACUCUAACCAAGAUCAGCUGGCUAUCAGGGAGAGGUAAGAAUCACCUAGGACAUCAAUGCGAGUACCACCACCAACAGUGCCCUCACAUUAACCACAUCCUCCACAUUUACAAGGGCCAUGGCCACUGUGACUCAGGUUUCACUGGCCCCAGGUGACUCUGCCACCCCCAGAGGAACUGAAGAUAUCUCCAGAAGCUGCCACUGUGAGCCCUCCUGCAGGCUGCCUCUGCAGCACUCAUCAGGGUUAUCUGUUCCAACUCCCUUGAGUUCCAGGCACCAUGGACCUGAGCAGCACAGGAGACCCAUCUGUAGGUCAGGAGCCUACCAGCUCUAUCAUGGAGGAUGCCAUGAUGGUCAAGCCACCUCUUCCCACAGUUAAAAUAGAUCAGUUAACUUUGACCAGGGAGCUGAUAGCUGAGGCCCAGAGGGACACCACCAUUCCUGUGUUCACACAACUCACCCCUGAAGAAAUGGCAGUGACUGCUGUUGCCAAAGAGACCAUCCAGGCCUCCACCACAGGGGAAGCUUAGGCCCUGGCCAUCCAGGCAGUACUGCUGGUCACACAGCAAGCUAUCAUGGCAGGUGUGGAGAGUCCAUCAGACUGUGGUGCAGGAGGUCCUGGAGGACAGCCAG